GAAAUCUAGCUUCGUCAGACAAGAUUUCUUUAGACCAGCUUUUUGUAAAGAGUCAGCUACACUAACUUGCUAUAUGCACAGCUGGCUAGCUUUCUGGUAGCUUGCAGAUUUGUGGCUACUUGAACAGUUACAAGUAGGCACUUGAUAGCUAGUUAGCUGCAGUCGAAAAUGUAAUUGUUUGAAAUGUGUUUCGUGUUGAAUUCUUUGAUUGUUUUCCAAAGAAGUGGGUUGACGAUGUGGAGUCGAAGCGAGGCGAGGAGUUCGGCGCUGGAGAGGGCGCAGGCACAGCUCUCAGGGCGGAGAGUUUCAAUAUUGGAGGACAGUAAAAGGGAUGAACUCCAGGCCAGACAAAUCUUCCAGGACCUGAGUGACCUCUCAUCAGACGACAAAGAGAAUGAGUAUGAUAAAGGCGGGGCUGGCACUGCUGAGGGAAGACCCAUCCUGGAAAGUCCCCCAGAAAGGAAGAAGGGUGGCGAGGGGAGUAGGUUUCUUAAGAAAGUGCCUGUGACAAGCAGCCAGUCACCAGCACCAUCAAAGGUAAAUGUUCAGAAGGAAGAGUCCAGAAUUGUGAGCUCCUCCCAGCGCAGCUCACAGAGUGCAGCAUUGAGCAGACUGGCGCUGAUUGAAGAUCGCUUCAGGAGCCGCAAGCAGGCCAAGGAAGGCCAGGGCACAGAACUGCCAGCCCCGGAUGAGACGCCCCUGUCCACUCGGUCUAGCAGUGAGCUCAGCAUGAAAGGAAGCCGUUUUCUGAAGAAAAAGAGCACGCCACUUAUGCAGCAGCAGAACCCAGAGCCCGUAAAGGCUGACGGCUACAGGGCUUCUCAAUUUAAGUCUGUCGGAAAGGGCGUGAGCCUGGACAGUGAUGAGGAGGAUAUGAAGAAGCUCCUGGAGGACCCCCUUGAAUCAUCAGAUGAGAGCUUGCAUAAGGAGAGAGGGGUCUAUUCUCAGGACAGCCCUGGUCCUGUCAGAAAGUCAUUUGUCAAAAGCAGGCAGAAGUUCCUUCCAUCACCUCCACUCCACACUGGUAGAAGGACACCUUCCAGUGCCAAAUCUAAAUCGCCCUCCCCUCCCAGGCGUGGUGGCUUCCGAGCCCAGGCCCAGUCUAGCCCCUCCUUUUCUGUGAAAAGUGCUUCCAUGGCCUUUUCUCCUACCCCAUCACCUCCAACUAUCCCCUCUCCCGGAAGGACAGUGUCCCCCAGGGCCAAGUUCCUGAGGCCCUCCCUCUCUUCGGUGUCGGCGCAUAGUGAAGUCCGCUCGCUGGCAGAGCUCUUCGUAGAUGCCCCGCCCUCUGACAACACCAUCAGUGAGAAGAGCGAGGCAUCUGAUGAGUUCAAGAUUAAUAUUUUGAGUUUGGAUGACUUAGUCCCGGACACUUCUAGAGCAAUUGAGAAAUCAGUACAAAAGAAGACAAAAAGUAAAGUAGACUCAGUCAAGCAGACAAGGUCUUUGUCACACAGCUUGAACGUGGUCCUUGCUGAGGACAUUUUGAGUGAGGAAGAGAUUGUGGCAUCAGAAGUCAAAGCAGAAUAUGAGAGUGACUUUGAGAGCGAGAUAAAGACUGAGACGGACCAGAGUGCCAGUGAGAUCUCUGAGCGACUUGGACAAAGGAACAAGGAUGCAUCCACAUCCAGUGAGGUACAGGACUACGACUCCGGGAGAGAUGACGUCUCUGACCCUUCAGAGAGGCGAAGUGGAACCGAGAGAUCAGUAUCCUACUCCACCCGGUCAGAGUCCGCCAGUUCUAACGAAUCACGCAGCAGCAGACGGGGUUCACACUCAAGGUCGUCUACCUCUGCUUCCAACACCAUCACUCCGCCCCGGGAGAGGCGCAGGACUCGAAGAGAGGCCGCUGUGCAGACUCAGAGGGACGGGCUGUCCUACACCUGGUCCACAGGUAUGGCUGCCCUUGGUCCUCCAAUCGGAAUGUCUCACGUGGAUCCCACUCCAAUUGCAAGUCAUGUUGUCAGCGCUGAGGCAGUGGAAGCUCUCACUGCCUACAGUCCUGCAGUGUUUGCGCUCAAUGACAUGUUGAGGCAGCAGCUGGCCCUGACCAGACAGAUCAUGGAAACCAGCAGGCACCUUCACAGUUCACUGCUUGAGUCCCUUGGACCUGCAAACUACCAUUACACAACCUUGGAGGACACCAAGGAGUUCAUACGCAGCCACAAGUCUUCCAAGCUGACAAUGGAAGAGGCUCUGGAGGAGGUGCUGCAGGAGAUGAGAGAGUAUCACUACCUCUGACCUGGAGCACCAGAAACGCUUGAGAGAUGGGCA